AUGCCUGGGAAAUGCUUGUUUAGUGACCGAUGGUUGGAAAACUCUUCCUAUAAAUUGUGGCUGGAACGUGACGCGGACAAGUUUAAAGCAAAAUGUAGAGUUUGUAUGAAAGCGUUUGAUGUAUCAAAUAUGGGAGUAUCGGCAUUGAAAAGCCACGUAAAGGGAAAGAAGCAUAUUCAUCUUAUCGAAAAGCAACAAAGAAAUACAACAGGUGACAUAAGAAACCUUUUCUCGAACAGCUCUUUCGCUGCCCCUCGAACAGCCACUGAAAGUAACAACUCUACUUUGACUGUAUCAAGUAGUGCCGCUAGUACAACAGCAGGUAUGUCCGGGUUCGUGACGAGGAAUGAUACUUUAACUGCUGAAAUUUGGUGGGCGCUAAAGGUGAAUAGCAGCCAUUAUUCGUAUAAUUCCUGUACAGAUAUAAACUUCUUAGUGCAGCAAAUGUUUCCAGACAGUGACAUUGCAAAAGAAAUUUACCUGUGGGGAGAAAAAGGCCUCCUAUCUUUCUUGCUUUGGUAUUGCACCAUGUUUCAAGAGUCUUCUAAAGGAAAAAGUCAAAUCUUCAAAGGGAUAUGUGCUUUUGUUUGAUGAAAGUUUGAAUCACGAACUGCAAAAGAAGCAGAUGGAUUUCCAUGUUCGCAUCUGGAAUCAUGACAAAGUUGAAACUCGCUAUUAUGAUUCACAAUUUCUUGGGCAUUCUAGUGCAGAGGAUAUGCUUCAAAUGUUUCAUUCUUGCAAAGAGGACUUGAGCUGUAGAAAUCUGAUUCAACUCUCUAUGGAUGGGCCCAAGGUUAACUGGAAAUUUUAUGAAAUGGUAGAGCAAGAAUUGAAGAGUGAUUUCAGUUGCACUCUCCUUAACACAGGCAGUUGUGGUAUACAUGUUGUGCAUGGAGCUUUUAAGGAUGGUUGUGAUGCAGCUGGAUGGACGGUGCAGAAAACUCUCUCCAGUCUUUACUGGCUGUUUAAAGACAGUCCGGCUCGAAGAGAAGACUACAUUAGAAUAACUGGUAGCAGUGUAUUCCCCUAAAAUUCUGCCAGCACCGGUGGUUAGAGAAUGUGUCAGUUGCCGAGCGAGCACUGGAAGUGUGGCCUCACAUUGUCAAAUACAUUAAUGCUGUUAAGGCAAAGAAAGUUACUGAUCCCAAGUCCAAAUCUUACGAGACCAUUAGCAGUAGUUGCUGUGAUCCCUUGAUGCCAGCAAAGAUUGCCUUCUUCUCAUCAGUGGCAAAACAGAUCAAUCCUUUUCUCACAGCAUUUCAGACUGAUAAACCUAUGCUGCCAUUCAUGAGUAUCAGUUUGUACACUUUGUUGAAAUCAUUGUUGAAUAGGUUUAUCAAGGGUGAACUUGUUACCGAGGCAACAUCUCCUCUGAAGAUCCUGAGGUUGAAGCCCACUGAUAAAGAACAGCAGUUAGACUACCAGAAAGUUGAUGUUGGCUUUGUGGCACAACACAUGCUGAAAGAAAAAUCUGGGAAAUUGAGUGAAAGGCAAGUUCUUCAAUUCAGAAUGGAAUGUAAAGAUUUUCUUGCAAAAACAGCCUCUAAACUGCUUGACAAAACACCAAUAAAUUAUCGACUAGUAAGAAGUAUGUCUUGUCUGGAUCCAAGGCUAAUGGCAUCAGAGAAAGAAGGAUGUGUCAAAAAAAAAAAAUGAAAAGAGUUCUUGGAAUUCUUGUGGAAGCCCACAGAUUGAAGGCUGAUGAGUGUGAUGAGGUGAUAUAUCAGUUUGGACAGUUUUUGGAUGAAUGUGCAGGUAAUCCUGACUUUGAAGAUUUUGACCCUAGUGAAUCCUCUUUAAGAGUCAACACACUGUUAUAUGAACACAUGGCUGGUAAUAAGCAACUGGCAAAAGCAUGGGGGGUAGUUGAAUUAUUGCUGCUAAUGUCUCAUGGUCAAGCCACAGUUGAAAGAGGAUUUUCUGUAAACAAAGAAGUGGCAGUUGAGAACCUGUCGGAAAGAUCGUUCAUUGCACAGAGGAUUAUUCAUGAUCAUAUUGAAUCAGUUGGAGGCCUUGCCAAUGUAAAAAUCUCAAAGCAACUACUUAUGGCAUCUGCUGGAGCGCGACAGAAAUAUAUUUCCUAUCUAGAAGAGCAGAAGAGAAUUAAAGUGUCCCAGGAAAACACGCUUAAAAGAAAGGCAGCAAUGGAUGGGAUUGAUGUGCUGAAGAAGAAAAAACGGCAAAUUGAAACUGAUAUAGAGGCUCUUUUAAAGACUGCAGAUGAAUUUGCAGAUAGGGCUGAAGAUUCAAGAAACCUUACUUGGGUUGCCAAAUCAAACAGUUUGCGAAGAUCUGCCAAGGAAAAAAGGGCAGUCUUAAAGGACAUUGAAGAGCAGUUGGAAGGAAAGCUCCAAGAGCUGAAAAAUAAUUAA